UGAAAUUGAGCUGUGAUCAUUAAAUUCACCACAAAACGCAAUUCUAUGUUGCUUUAAAUGACUUUAAUUCUCGCAGCUAAAUGACCAUCAGUGCUUUAAUGCUUACUUGCAAAAUUUUCAAAAAACGCGAGAAUCUAUUGAGACCAAAAAUAAAUUUUUAAGGUAAAUUUAACAGGAGAAUUGACAUUUUAGCUGGACUGUUUUAAAAGUGUGACAUUCCUAAAAUCUUCCGUCAGGUCUAAAUGUUUUAUACUCAAAAAUGACUCCAAAUCAGAUUGUACUAAAUAUUUUUUGAACUUUAAACCCCUCUUUACCCUCUAUUUUGACUACCGUCAUCACUUUUACCAGCGUAAGUUGGGUUCAAUCAUCAUAUUUUUACUGGCAAAAUUUACCAUUUUACUUUGUGCCACUUUUUUGGGGACACCCAGUACAUCAAAAAUUCCACCCCUUUAAAAUACCGGCAAUAAGUAAAAAACGUCAAACAUGGCAACUGCUCGACUUGUAGUACUUGGAACUUGAAAUUCAGCUAGAGUCGACGUACGUUACUUUAGCGCUAAAGAUAAGUUAGGUUCGGGGUCAAGGCGGGCAUAAGAUGGAUUAAAAAUCGAUUCUAGAAAAGCUGAAAGCCACGCGAUUAUAUUGACUAAAGUGAAUUGAAGGGUUAUUUAUCCAGAGCGUCAUUUUUAAAAUAAACUAUCUAUUAUAAAUAAAUAAACUAUGUCUAUAAAACAUUUUAACAGCCAUUUUCCGUCAACCAAUCCGUAACUCGCAGCUUGUUUCAACGCUGGCAAAUGCCAGUUGAACAUAACCUCCCUAUUUUGUUGUUGUUUACAUUUUUAUGUUAUUGCAAAAACAGCCGUAUAAAAUGGUACAUUUUUACAGCAGGGCAAGCUUUGCGAUCGGUUUAGUGUUGGGGGCCAUUCUGGCCUUGUACGUAAGCAAUUGGACGUUGAGUGAUGGAAACAGCCCCUUGCAAGAAAAGCCCCCUCUAGAGCCCUAUGUGGAUUGGUUCCAGAAGCGUGGCCUUAACAGAACCGUGGUGCUCUGGGAUGAAAUGCGUUAUACGAACAAAUCCCUGUAUACUGAAGCAGACUAUUUGUUUGACAACAUCAGAAUCCUGUGCAUAGUCCUGGUUCGAUCCCCGAAUAAUCUGGUAGCGGUAAACGCUACUUGGGCCAGAGGUUGCAACAGCUUAAAACCAAUCCUGCUGCCAUCCAGAACCAGUAUUAUGCCCUCAAAGCAGGACAAAGCCUUGUCAUCUUGGGUACUGUUGUGCAAAAUGCUGCACGAGACUGAUCCAGAGCCAUUUGAUUGGGUGCUCGUAGUCAAAGAUACGAGUUUUCUGAUUUUGGAAAACUUCAGACACUACGUAGCCCCCUUGGACUCGGAAAAAUAUCAUUAUUUGGGUCAUGCAGUGCAGUUUUGGGGCACAGUUUACAACAGUGGGAACCCAGGGUAUGCGCUUAGUAAGGGGGCUUUAAGGGCGUUCCAAGGGAGCAUGCGGUCAAACGAGUGUAUUGAGAAUAGUUACAGGAACAAGGAGGAUUUUUACUUGGGUGAGUUAAACGGCAGAAAGAACAGUGUUUUUUUUAGUUUUAAAUUUGAUUUUGACUCAUGGCUAAUGGGCGAAAAAGCGUCUUUUAUACUUCAUGACACUCCUUUUUUCUGGUUUUUUAAAUUUCAACAAGUUGUGUUCAAUUUUAAAGGCUCCGAAUUCUUUAAAAAUUAACCCGUGAUUAAACACUUGAAUUCUGACUUGAACAGGAAAAGCCUUAUCACAACUGAACAUAACUCCAGUUAGUACAGUAGAUGAGGAGGGUUUGUCCACUUUUCACCCCUACACUUGGUACCAUGUAU